GCCUUUUAGUUCGUUGUGAGAUUCUCACUUGUAGUUCUGUAAAUCAUAUAUAGGUCUCUAACUAUAUACCCGUUUUCUCCUGACUCGAUCGAUCUCCAUGUAUGUUAAUUAAAUUUGCAGGAGUGAUUAUUGCCAGCUAGUUAACAAGUUCGAUCUUUGGGUGGGUGUACGUUAAUGGUCAGUGUCUACAGUGCUAUAUAUAGUGUCUCAUAAUAGAUAAGCUAGCUUGAGACGAUAUGUUCAACCAGCAUCCGAGUGAAGUAGCAAUUGACUUAAGUACUUCACAUCGAAGUUUAACGAGGGAGUCCGACCAAGAAUAUAAAGGCGAACUGUGGCAAAUAUUAUCAGAGAAAAUACUUGAUCCAAGUGAUUCUGAGCCAACGAGAUAUUUUCCAAUAUGGGAAGAUAAGAUAUUUCUAAUAUGUUGUGCAUUUGCUGUCCUCUAUAAUCCUUUGUUCAUGUACCUUCCUGUAAUUUAUCCUCAAAAACUGUGCUUCGAAUGGGAUGUGAGCUUGAUGUGGAUAUAUGUUGGUUUGCAAUCAGCCAUUGAUAUGUUUUACGCCAUGGAUAUUUUUAUUUUUUCUUGGCGAAUUCGUGGUGAGCGUAAUGCUAAAAUGACAGUUAAUGCACAAAUGCUUCAAUGGUUACCUAUUAUACAUCGCAUUUAUCUAUUUCUUCCCAUUUCACAGGCAGUAGUGCUCCUAGGAUAUUUUGAAACCAAUCAAGUUUUGUAUAAAGUUCUUCGAGUUUCCUUCUAUCCAAUCCAAUAUACUCUACGGGUUUAUUGCACUUUUGGAUUGAAUAAGCAACGUCCUAACGUAGAAUCUGGAAUAGGAAGAUGGCUUCCAAAUAUAUUGGAUUGUCUUCCGUUUAUCAUUGCUUCUCAUUUAUUUGGAGCCUUGUGGUACGGUUUUGCCGUUGACAGAGAGAUACACUGUUGGAGGGAGGCCUCUUUUCUUAUGCCAUGUCAUAUAUCAGAUUUCCACUGUCAUCAUAGCGAUGUAACAACCGGAGUACUUAGAACCUGCAACAUGACACAUAUAAAGGCAUCAUGUGAUCCAAAGGAUAAAAAAAAUUUCGAGUUUGGUAUAUUUCGUUAUGCUCUUCAGUCUAACUUUACAAGAUCAGCAUUUUUCCCUCGGAAGUUCCUGCAAUCUUUUUGGUGGGGCUUGCGCAAUUUGAGUUCCUUUGGUUCAAACUUGGAGACCAGUUCCAAUAUGUUGGAAAUUUGCUUCUCAAUUUUAACUUCUAUAAGUGGUUUGGUGCUGUUCUUAAUAUAUCUCAAUGCAAGGGUGGAGGAGUCACAGAAAAGAUCAGAUCGAAUUAAAUUAAGACUAAAGAUGCAAACGGUGAAUCCAGACAUAGAUAUGUGGUUAAAUAAAUACAAUCUUUCUGGACAAAAUAAGAAGUUGAUGAAGAAGGUGAUCAUGAAAAACGUUCGACAAAAGCUUGAAGAAAACAAAGACGUUGAUGUGCAGAAUUUGUACUCUCUUCUUCCUACAGUAUACAGAAGACAAAUCAUGAGUCUUUCCGGCUUGGCUUGUUUACAGAAAGUAGCGAUGUUCAAAUAUAUGAAGAUACGAGUUUUGAAAGCAAUUGUUAAACAUCUUGAGCUAGUGACAUAUACAAAAAACUGCUAUAUUAUUCGGGAGGGGGAACCACUUUGGAAUGUGAUCUUCAUCACGCAAGGCACUGCAUUGAGCUACAAAACCAGUAAUAAUGUCAAUAUUGGCGGAACUGUAAGCAAUUCCUCAAUCAUUAAGUGCCUUAAGAAAGAUGAUUUCUUUGGAGACGAACUUUUAGAUUGGGCAUUCGUAUUUGCCUCCAUAUCUGAUUUGCCUGUCUCUCCCAAAACUGUCAUGUCUCAAACUAGAGUAGAAGCAUUUGCUAUCAAUGCCAGCAAUCUUAGGAGAGUCGUCUCAAAAUUCCGGUUGCAUUUUAUUCUGAACCUGCCUGACCUAAAGCAUUCUCCAUUGGAGCGUAUGGCAGCUACUUCCUUACAAACAGCGUGGCGUGAAAGAGAAAAUCACAGCAGUGGAUGGAACAAAUUGAAGGAAUUACUCAACUAUUCAUCAGAAAGUGACUGAUCGAUUUCUUAUAUAAAGCAUGCGUCAAGCACUUUUUCUAGGUUCACUAUUAGAAACACACAUAUAGUGUUUGUGUAUUGGCGAUGAUCGGGUUCCUCUUUU